AUGGAUAAGUCAUGGAUGCACUCGGAUAGAAGAUCGAAGGCAUAUGAGUUAGGGGUGGAAGCAUUUUUGAACUUUUCUGUAGAAAAUCUUCUAACUACCACACAUAUCCGUUGUCCAUGUGUUAAAUGUGUUAAUUUGAAAUUGUUUGGGGUUGGAAUUAUAAGGGAUCACUUAUACUUUAAUGGAGUUGACCAAAGCUAUAAGAAUUGGACAUUUCACGGAGAACCUUGGGAAGCAGCUACUAAUGCUAGUAGAAAUGUUGAAGAAGAUGAUGACCAUAGUAGGUACAGUUUUGUGUCUGAAGAAAUAGAGAUGGAUGAUAAUGAUUUUGGUGAUUUUGGAUCUGAUCCUUAUGAGUUUGCCAAUGUGAUUGGGGAUGGAGAUCAACCAUUGUACCCUGGUUGUAGAAAGUACACGAAGUUAUCGGCAUUAGUGAAGUUGUAUAAUUUGAAGGCAAAAUAUGGGAUGAGUGAUGUCUGUUUUACAGAAUUAUUGAUACUUCAAGGCGAUUUGCUUCCAGAAGGAAAUACAAUACCGGCCUCUAUGUAUGAGGCAAAAAAGACUUUGUGUGCAUUGGGGCUGAGUUAUGAGAAAAUGCACGCAUGCCCCAAUGAUUGCAUCUUGUAUAGGAAGGAGUAUGAGGAUUUAACUCAUUGUCCUAAUUGUGGUAUCUCAAGGUGGAAGGAAGGCAAAGAUUCAAUCUUGAAAGAGGGUGUGCCAGCGAAGGUGGUGUGGUAUUUUCCUCCAAUUCCAAGGUUUAAAAGGAUGUUUCGAUCACAUGAGACCGCUAAGAGUUUGACUUGGCAUGCUGCUAGAAAAUCAAUUGACGGUUAUAUGUCUCAUCCAGCGGAUUCCCCGUCUUGGAAACUUCUUGAUGAUAAAUGGCCCGAGUUUGGUAAUGAGCCGAGAAACUUGAGAUUGGCUCUUUCAUCUGAUGGAUUCAAUCCCCACAGUUCUCUAAGUAGCAGAUAUAGUUGCUGGCCAGUUAUCUUAGUUACAUAUAAUCUCCCUCCAUGGCUGUGCAUGAAACGAAAGUUCAUGAUGUUGACCUUAUUGAUUUCCGGUCCUAAACAGCCCGGAAAUGAUAUAGACGUCUACUUGGAGCCUUUGAUUGAUGAUUUAAAAUCUUUGUGGGAUGGGAUUGGAGGAGUGUAUGAUGCACAUAAUGGAGAAUACUUUACACUCAGAGCUGCAUUAAUGUGGACAAUUAAUGAUUUCCCCGCCUAUGGAAACUUAUCUGGUUGUGUUGUUAAAGGAUAUAAAGCUUGUCCAAUAUGCGGCGAUGAUACACCUAGUCACAGGUUGAAAAAUGGCCACAAAAUUUGUUACAUUGGGCAUAGAAAAUGGUUACCGAUCAAUCAUCCAUAUAGGAGGCAACGUGCAGCUUUUAAUGGGAAACCUGAAUAUGGCACGCCUCCUGAGCCAUUAACCGGAGAAGAAGUGCUGCAUAUGGUUGAAGAUGGUGACAGAGUUUGUUGGAAGAAGAAAUCAAUAUUCUUUGAUCUCGAGUAUUGGAAAUACCUUCCUGUGAGGCAUGUCCUAGAUGUUAUGCACAUUGAGAAGAACGUUUGCGAUAGUAUCAUUGGUACAUUGCUGGAGAUCCCUGGAAAAAAUAAAGAUGGGAUUGCUGCUCGAUUAGAUUUAUUGAACAUGGGGGUCAAAACUGAUUUGCAACCCGAGUAUGGAGAAAGACGUACUCGUUUGCCUCCCGGGCCUUGGAAUUUGUCAAGAGCAGAGAAGAGAGAGGUUUGCAAUUCUUUCUAUGGUAUGAAGGUCCCUGAAGGUUAUUCUUCAAAUAUAAAAAAUCUUGUAUCUUUACAAGAUUCAAGACUUCUUGGCCUUAAAUCACAUGAUUGUCAUACCUUAAUGCAACAAUUGCUCCCUGUGGCAAUUCGUUCUGUUUUUGGAGAAGCCUGCAAGUUGGAGUGCCUUCAAGCCAAAAGAUGGGAGUUUCAAAGCAUUAUCAGGUUGCACAGUGAGACCGCUUAUCCAAAAUUUAGAAAGAGAACAAAGUGGUGCAGGAUAAGCACAAUAGCACUUUCAUUCAAUGGCUACGCUUCAAGGUUCAAAGUGAACUUAAUGAGGGACAAUCAUGGCGUAUCAGAAAAUUUAAGGUGGCUAGCAGCUGGUCCAAACAUGGCAGUGCCAUUAUAUAGGAGCUAUCUCAUUAAAGUGGACGAACUUGGAUUUACCCUUGUAGAUUUGAGUAAAAUUGGACAUAGGAAUGACCAAUUUGUUUUGGCUUCUCAAGUCAAACAAGUAUUUUUUGUUGACGACCCGAUGCAUCGUGGUUGGUCGGUAGUGUUAUCAAUGCCUAAUAGAGAAUAUAAUGAUGUUAUUGGUGAUGAUGUCUUAGGUGAUGUGAGAAUUGAGUGUGAGCCAUUUACUAGGGGGAUGCCAAAUGUUGACACAUUUGAUGAAGUGGUGGUUGAGUUAGGGAGUCAAAAUAUUCGAGAUGGGUGUGAAGAUAUAUGGGUUGAAUGA